AUGGCUACCAACAUUGGUCGUGGCUGGAGCCCCGGUUCCGGCUUUGACGAUGGUAAUCUGCCUCUGGGCACUUCUUUUGCUGGUUAUGGUGGGUUCCCAAGCAUGCCCAUCUCGGGUUAUCCCGUAGGUGCUUACGAUGGCUUUGCCAUGGCAGGCAUGACCAAUGGCUUUGCCCAGACCAUUCCAGGUCCUCCCGGCGGCGUCGGUCCUGUCUAUACCAUGCCGGCCAACGGCUACCAGCACCCCGUCCCCGUCUUCCCCAACCAGCCCGAGGGCCCUCGAUACCCUACCGCCCACCCCGUCGUCCGCGGCGACGCCCCGGCCCUGAACAUGCAGAACUCGACCGGCGGCAUGGGUUGCGAGCCCGGCUACAACUACUACUUCCCUGCCGAGCACACCAAGGUACACAUUCUCCAGUGCACCGUGCCCCCCUGGCGCAUGGCCAACGGCACAAACAUUCCCUUCACCGCCUACCACGUGCCCGUCAAUACCACCGUUGCCGAGAUGAUGAAGGGCUGGGGCGCCUGUAACCCGCAGCGCAAGAAGAACAGGAUCACCGAGGUGGUGCAGGGCGGCGAGGGCCGCUUCUACAAGGGCACCACCUUUUCGGGCGACGAAAAGGCCGAGCUCAAGUUGACGGCCAAGGAGAUUGGCUGGGACAUGACCCGUUCUGGUCGCGCUGGAGAGAAGCCUGUUGUGUGGCUAUGGGUCACCAAGGACUAA